UUGCAGGGAGGUGUGGUCAUUGUAGACAGUCCAGGCAUUGGCGAUUCGGAGAAAGUCCGUAACAUUGCGUUGGAAUAUUUGCCACAAGCCUUCGCCUUUAUUUACGUAAUCAACAGUCCGAAUGCCGGAGGAACGCAAGACGACAGGGUAAGUUGAACAUAGCACCCAUUUCUUAGUGACCAGUUCUCUUAAUACAGGUUCGUUUUAAGGAAAUCAGGGAAGAAACGUUUUGGAGUCCCUGACGCUUAUGUCUGCUUUAUAAAUAGUCUUACACUGGCUGGUUCUUUGUCGGUAUAUCAUACCUGCCGGAACAGUUACGCGUUUCAUUCGCGUUUCAAGAGAAAUUUUGGUUACUUUCCAGUGAAGCGGGACUAGAAGAAAUUUCUGAAAAUAGCACGGUAUAAAGUUUCGGUUGGAUCCGACCGACCGGAGAAACCACCUUUAGGGUGCCUUAUGCCAGUUUCUGUGCCUAGCGAUGCACUCAUUAAAACUGCCCUUUUCCCGAGCAAUUUCUGGGUGCACCGAUGGGAAGCCUCCCGUGUAUAUGUGGACCAUAAAUUCCACAGUUUAGGAAUACAUGCACUUUAGAAAAACGAAUCACUAAACAAACUUACAGAGCCACAAGGUGGUGUUUUCCAACUUUCUACUCUCACGCAAACUAAAACAGAUGGCCUUUCCCAAACAUUUUGUGGUGAUCAUUCAAUAUUGUGUACCACUUAUCACCUUAUCACUGACAGACGAUAACCUAAUAAAUACAAUGGUCUGGUUAUUUAUUUUCUUUUAGCUUAUGCGUAUUGUGAGGGAAUGUCAAAAACUAUACGGAGGAGACAAAUGCACCGGCCUCACUUCUGAGUCUGCUUUGUUCGUGUGCAACAAGUGGGAUGACGUGGAAAGGCAAACAAAGGGCAAUCCGUUAGCCCCCAAAAAAAUUAAAUCUGAAAUCAUCUGCAAACUUAAGAAGCAAAUCCCUAAACUUAAGCAGAAAUCCCAGGUAAUUGAAAUGUCGGUGUUCACUGCAGCCCAAAUCCAGCAGAAGUUUGGUGUGAUGAGUGAUGGUUUAAGCAGCCUCAUAAAUGGACUUCAUCGCCUUCUUCCACUUUGUCUCGAGAAGAAAAACGAACACUUCUACAGGUAAUUUGAAUGUCUCGGGAGUGAGCUUAAUACGAACACCUCUUGGUUAAUAUUGCUAGUUUCCAUGUUACAUCAUCGUAAUGCAAAAUCAAAACCUACCAAGUCUUCUGAGUUCAUUAUCUUCAGGCACAAGAUCCCCUACAACCUUUAAUUAUCUUUUUAUCAGUCACGUGCACGUCAGCGAAAGUGCGACCGAAGACGGGGGUCUCCUAAUAUAGAGCUGUCACUUACUGAAAAAACAGCGAAUAUGGAGAUGAGAUAUGCUUUGAUUGGGUUUGAUUUGUGCUUCCUGAACAGUCAAUGUUUUGGGGGAUUUCCUCAGUACUAAGCUACAGAAAUUUGGCUACAAAAGUAUGGCAAACAGUUGAAGCUACCGACGGAAAAGACUGGUAAAAAACAGUUUUUAACUAGUCAUUAAACCGACACUGAACCAUUGCUUUCUACCUAUUACAGAGAAUAUGGGAAGAUAUGUGUAAGACUUACCGUCGUUCGUGUCCACUUGACAUGGGGUCCAACCGUUUGACAUGGGGUCCGUUUACUGACAGAUUUCACCCUGUGCUGUUUUAAGCUUGAACUAACUUUUUUCUCACAAUUUAUUAGAAUAUCAAGUGGCUGUCUCAAGUCCUUAUCUGACCAGGUUAAAGUUGAACUUAAUAAGGCAAAACACAACCAAGAAGAGCGACGCAAAGCUCAACAAGACGUUGAAAAGAAGCUGGAUAAACUAAGACAAGGAUCUUUCUUAACGGAGACUGACAAAGCACUCUCCAUGCACUUGAACGAUAUUUCUCAGCAAGUCAGAUCCUAUUUACUACAGGAUGACGUAAAACGCGCAUUUUGCACAUGGGAAGAAAAGGAUCUGCCGCAAAUCGACGACAUUCAAAAAGCAAAUGGUUUAUAUUCUUAAGAAUAACUUAAUUAGACCCAGGCCCUCGCGGCUCAUCAGCUGUUUUCUUCACGGCGCUAGUUGUCAUUUGAUGUCCUUGUCAGUUCGCUCGUUCGCUGUAACAUCAAUUUUAGCAUUUCGCUCCAGUUUCUUCAGUCUUUUAGCCUCUUAUUAUGUCUCAAGCCGCCGGCAAACGUCGCACUCGAGUACCUGUGCUGCCUGCAGGGUUCGUUUACGAUUUGCCUUCCCUCGCAAGACCGCAAAACAGCGCUACGAAUGGCACUCCAUCGCUAGACCAAUCUCCUUCGCACGAGGUUCACACAACGCCACGUGUUGAGACCACAGCUCCGGGUUCUUCUACUUCUGCGCCUGGCAAUUCCCCCUCCUUACAUUUGCUGAACCUACAGAUUGAAAAGCAACAGCUGGAGCUUCGCCUCCUUGAGCUCGAAGCUCAAUCAAGAGCUCGGGAAUUGGUUUCAUCCAGCCCGGCCGCCAACAAGCCUCGAAACAUUCCUUCUUUGGAGACCGUUUGUGGAGGAGUUAACUCCGGUAAGUCCCAAGGUCAACUCGACCACAAUACACGCAUCGUUGACCCCCAAGAAUGGCCUCAUCUUCACGUUCCUUUCGGUCUGUCCCGAAAGAAGUUUAAGGAUUUAUCGACGGCAGAAUUCGUGUAUGGCUAUCUCGAUAUCUUGUCUGCUCAGCCUUCCCCUCAGCAAGCGCUCAUGACGCACCACCUCAUGUCUUUAAUGCGUUUGGCGUCCAAAUACGACUGGGAAGCAGUGCUGUCCUUUCAUGCUGCCGUGUUGGAUCGCAUCGAAUCGGGCCUCGCAAGCUGGGGCGACGAUUUCAGCGAAAUCGAGCGCUUCAACAUCACAGAAUCCAAUCGCUUGCAAUCCACACCGGCUACUUCGCCCGCCUUUCACGCGGCUGGCUUUCGAAACAACAAUGGCCGAGCUCGUACCUAUUGCCGCGAAUGGAACCGCACCGGUACGUGCAGUAACCCUUCGCACCAGGAAGGCGUCGAACACAUUUGUGCAUAUUGCAAACUCAAAGACCACACCAUUGGCUCUUGCCCGACUCGCCCUCCGCCGCCCACCACAGCCGAUUGACUAUCUUCUCCAGCUCCCACAUCUCUCCCGUCGAACAGCACGUUUUCGCCCGCCGUUUCUUCGCCUGCUCCCGCCUCAACAGCCUUAUCGUCGCCUCCUUCGCAGCCCAACCUUGUUCCCGCUUCCUCUACCGCAUUUUCUGGCCAACUUUUACUCUCUCGUGAACACUCGCACGCCGCAGUUAUUCGUCACAUUCUUUGCUCCAAGUCUCCGCUCCCGAACGCUUUUGGCACUCGAAAUCCUGUUCCGUCGAAGCUGAACAUUCCUGUUUGGAAAUCAUACCUCGAACAUUACUCUGAUUCUGUUGUUGCUGAUUUCCUAGCCUUUGGAUGGCCUAUUAACUGUCACUCUGUCGUUUCUGUUUCAUCUCAGCCCCCGAACCAUGCUUCAGCCACCAAUUUUCCGGAUGUUAUUGACGCCUUCUUAUCUACCGAGAUCGAACAUUCUGCUACUGCUGGGCCGUUCACGUGCAAUCCUUUCCCAGCCCCCCUCCGCACGUCUCCUCUGCUAACUGUCCCAAAGGAUGCCACCCAAAGGCGCGUCGUACUGGACCUCAGUUUUCCUCUUGGCUCCUCUGUUAAUGACGGAAUUCCCAAAGGCUCUUACCUCGAUCAGCCUUUCCAUCUUUCACUGCCUCGUUCUGCCGAUUUUGUUGACCUUAUUCUCUCCAAGGGCGCUGGGUGUUACCUUUACAAGAAAGAUUUGAAACGCGCUUACAGACAGAUUCCAGUGGAUCCUAGAGACUACAUCUUUCUUGCCUAUCACUGGUGCGACUCCUUUUAUUUUGACGUUGUCCUCCCAUUUGGUCUUCGUUCUGCCACCCUUGCCUGUCAGCGGACUACCAACGCGAUUGCUCACAUCUUUCACUCUUUCUUUGGCCAUGACUGUAUCAAUUACAUCGAUGACUUCGGCGGGGCCGAAUCCACCUUCGAAGACGCUUCACUUGCCUUCUCUGACCUGGAGCGUCUGUUCACUGAUUUAGGCCUUCAGUCGUCUCCGUCCAAGGACUGUCCACCUUCCACGAGAAUGGUUUUUCUCGGCCUCACUUACGACACCGUCACACUGACCAUCGCAGUGCCUCCCGAUAAACUUCAAGACACCGCCGAUCUCAUACGUGCUUGGCUAGUCGCUCCACGGUCCACUAAGUCCGACCUUCAGUCUCUCAUCGGCAAGCUUUCCUACCUUUGUGCUUGUAUCAGCCCUGGACGGAUUUUCAUGCAGCGUCUGCUUAACGAACUCCGCCAGCUUCCCACAAAACGUGCACGUUUCGUGCCCAGUUCAGACAUGCUGUCCGACUUACGUUGGUGGGACAAAUUCCUCUCUGUCUACAAUGGUGUUUCACUUUUGCGUUCUUCCCCUUGGCCAGUAAGCAAUCAUUUCUUCUGUACUGAUGCUUGCCUUACCGGUAUUGGCGGUUUCUUUUGUGGCCGUUUCUUCCACUCCUCGUUCCCGACCUGUUUUGAUCCAGCCUCUCUUUCCAUUGCUUCGCUCGAAAUGUUGGCUGUCACCGUCAGCAUCAAGCUGUGGUCUGAGGAUUUGCGCGGUCUACGCAUCUUGGUUCGCACUGACAACCUCAACACUGAGCUGGCUAUCAACACUGGCCGUUCCCGUGUGCCUUUUAUUCAGUCGUGCCUACGCGACUUAUGGUUCUACGCCUCCCUUCACGAUUUUGAGCUGCAAGCACUCCAUAUUCCCGGUUACGCCAACAUCAUUGCUGAUGCUCUCAGUCGUUGGGACAGUCAUCCUGAGUUUCGAGACACCUUCUACGAGGCCGCUUCUCUUCACUAUGACACCCUCACAGAGUACACUUGUCAUUCAGACCUAUUCCAUUUUGACUGUCAAUGGUAAUCACCUCUCUAUUUGGUUGCAGGUUUUCACCUUGAUGACCUUCACUCCUGCGUCACCAGGAUUCAAGCCUUCGCUCUGUCUGAUUCGACCAAGCGAAAUUAUCAUUCCGUCUGGAACACUUACUUAAAAUUCUGCCAAUUUUACUCCAUCACUCCCUUUCCAGCCUCCUCAUCGACCAUCGCUGCGUUUAUCACCCUGCUUGGCUUCUCCGUUAAGUCACAUCGCACAGUCAACAACUACUUGAGUGCCCUACGGCGUUUACACGUGUUUUGCCAUUUCGAGACUUCAGCCUUCGAUGACAUCCAUGUCAAGCUUACCCAAAAAGGUUUGGAGAAGUCUAUGGUUCACCUUCCUCAUCGGAAAGCACCUCUGACCCCAGCCAUCUUGCUACAAUUUUACCACCAUCUUAAUGUUCGCGACUCCGCCCAUCUAGCUGUGUGGUGUGCCCUGCUUGUUGGAUUCUUCUCCUUCUUCAGAACUGCCAACCUCGUCCCGCAGUCCUUUGACAAGUUCUCCUCUCAUCAUACAUUGUCCAGGGGCAGCAUCACUUUUGCCACCUCAGGUGCUCUCCUCACAAUCACCCGGACAAAAACACGGCAGGCUGGCGAUACAGCACUCGUGGUACCAGUUCCUCGUAUUCCUGGAUCUCCCCUUUGCCCCACCGCUGCCCUGCGAUUGUUACUCGACUCGGUUUCAGCCCCGGCUGGCUUCCCGCUCUUCACAUACACCACCGCUUCUCAUCACCAUGACUGUAUCACAGCCUCUUCUUUAAACGCUAGUAUCGAGUAUUUGGCGUCUUUGGUUUCUCUCAAUCCUCAGGAUUUCUCUGGUCACAGCCUGCGUCGUGGAGGUGCCACCUUCGCCUUCCAGUGCGGGAUUCCCUCCGAGCUCAUCAAAGUCCAGGGUGAUUGGAGAUCCGACGCCUACAUGCUUUAUUUGACACUGCCUUUGGCAGACAGACUUGUGCUGUCUCAUGUUAUUUCUCAGCACAUUCAGCUGUUAUAGUUUAGUCUACUUUUAGUAGCCUUCAUAGUUUUUGACACUGCCUCUUUGGCGGACAGGCUCGUUUUGUCCUCUGCACGUUAAGUUGUUACGGUUCAGACAUCGUUUUGUCAGUUCCCCACAUUUAUUUCUUUCUUUUGGCACAGAUUUCAUUGUUAUGGUUUUGUUCACAAUUCGCUUUGCUUAUGUCUUUCUAUACCUUUUGUGCCUUUUAUUCAUAUCGUGCCAUGUUAUCUAUUUUCUCUCCCCUCUGCUUCCCCUCUGACUUCGCCCCCCUGUGAAUCCUUUGGGCCUCUUUCUUGGUUUGGGGUCUCCUCUCGAGGCCUCGGGUCCUCUCGCUCGUUCAAUAAAGAUGCCCAAACGGAUUCGCUGGUGGUUGAUGUCUCCGGGUGAGUGGGAGGGAGACCAGGGGAUAAUUGUUUAUAUUCUUAAGAAUAACUUAAUUAGACCCAGGCCCUCGCGGCUCAUCAGCUGUUUUCUUCACGGCGCUAGUUGUCAUUUGAUGUCCUUGUCAGUUCGCUCGUUCGCUGUAACAUCAAUUUUAGCACCCUCCCUCCCUCCCUGGGGUCUCCUCUCGAGGCCUCGGGUCCUCUCGCUCGUUCAAUAAAGAUGCCCAAACGGAUUCGCUGGUGGUUGAUGUCUCCGGGUGAGUGGGAGGGAGACCAGGGGAUAAUUGUUUAUAUUCUUAAGAAUAACUUAAUUAGACCCAGGCCCUCGCGGCUCAUCAGCUGUUUUCUUCACGGCGCUAGUUGUCAUUUGAUGUCCUUGUCAGUUCGCUCGUUCGCUGUAACAUCAAUUUUAGCACCCUCCCUCCCUCCCUGGGGUCUCCUCUCGAGGCCUCGGGUCCUCUCGCUCGUUCAAUAAAGAUGCCCAAACGGAUUCGCUGGUGGUUGAUGUCUCCGGGUGAGUGGGAGGGAGACCAGGGGAUAAUUUGAGAAAACGGAAAGAGAUUUACAGCCAAUGCCUUGAGCAACGUUUGGAAAAAUUUCUCCAGACUCUGAAAAAGAAGGAUGAACUAUUUGUCAAGGCUCACGAGGACUUGGAGGAGAGAUUUCGUCAAGAAUUCUAUGAAUUUGAGAAAGACGUACGAGACAUCGAUCUGGUCCUUAUUGGCGAAUCCACACACGAAGCAUUCCGUUCUCCCUUGGAUGCAAGAGUUAAGAAAUUCAUCUUUCUGACAAGCGUCGUUUUCAUGCCAGUUCUGUUCCCAAUUGGUUUAGCUGCAGGUGUUUUAUCUGCGCCGGUAAUUGGAUAUUUGGCUGUCGACAGAAUCCUGAACGAAAGCCGGUAUCAGAGAAACGAUUCCUGCCAAGUCCUAAAAGAACUAUCCACGCGUUUCCUUCAGAGAAACAUUGACCAAGUAAUUUUCGAUCGAGUUUCGCAAGAAUUUACCGAAGAGAGGGAACGUAUAGAUAGUAUCAAGAGAUGCUAUAAGGAGCUUCUUGAGAAAUAUGAAAAGAAAUGCAACGAUCUCACCAAAAGCGAAGAUGAAAAAACACGAAAAAGAAAGAUCAAGAUACUUAUUCCUUUGAACAUAAAGCUUGAGGAUAUGAGUCAAAACCUAACCUUUGAUGCCAUUCAGUAUGGCAUACGAGUGAUGUCCCCUUCCUGCGAAAUUGACAAAAGUACACUUAGUUACAAGGGACAACUUGGAAGUGGCUCUUUUGGCGAAGUUUACAAGGGAGAGAUCACUCUUUCAGGGCGUGAAGGAAAAGAAGUAGCUGUCAAAGAAGCAGAAAUACUGAUGUAAGCGAGUUUCUUUCACAGAAGAGUUGAUUUGCCCUAGGCUUAUACUCAUUUCGCUUUCGUUGACGACCUUCCUUCCUUCCAUGCCUGUGGAAGGAACCGUUGGCAGGCGUUUUAGAAAAAAAGAGAGAAGGGAGAAGGGACAAAAGGAGCUCUCCUUUGUUUUCUCGAACGCCACAUGUUACGUGUCCUACCUUUUGAUUACCUGAGACCAAAAUGUUAAAUAUCAAACUAAGAACUAAAAUAGAGCUAAGCUUGCCGGAAAAAAGGACUUCUUUCGCUUCUUGGAAAAUUAGUUUGUAAACCAUUUAAAAAUCGUCAAGUCUGACCACUGAAUUGUCCUAAAAUAAAUUUAUCUCGAAGUUACAGGAGAUGAAAAUAUUAUUUUUUUGCAGGCAGGUAAACCACAUUAAUAUAGUGGCGAUUUAUGGAGUAGUUAUAGAUGUCCAGAACGACCAGCUGUGUUCCUUGGCCCUCGUCUUUGAGUUGUGCAAGGCAAGUCUCGAAAAGCACAUCUUCCAACACAGGAAAAAUGUACCGUGGGAGACAAAGAGCGCAGCAGUUCUCACAUGCCAAUGGGGUAUUGACAUUUUAGAUGCUCUGGAUUACAUUCACGGAAAGAGAAUCGUUCAUCGGGAUCUUAAGCUUGCUAAUGUCCUAGUAAGUCAUUUCAAUUAAAUUCUCCCCUGUAGCCUUUCAAACCGUGCACGCAAACGAUUGUGUACACUGGAACCCAUCCUCGGAGACCCAGGGGCAGAUAGUGGGGACGAGGGAAAGUCUAAACGGGCGGAAAAAUAUGGCUCGAAGAAAAGUAAAGAACGGCGAGAAGACCCCCUGGGGACAAUGUCUUACCAGACCAGUUCCAAACGGUCGCCGCCGUUCUGGCUUCUGAUUGGUGCCAGAAAACCUCUGGUAAGACAUUGCCCCAAGGGCUCUUCUCGCCGUUCAUUACUUUUCUUCGUGCCAUAUUUUCCCGCCCGUUUAGACUUUCCUUCGCCCCCUUUAUCUGCCCCUGGGUCUCCGAGGAUGACUGGAACCCUGUUGCAAACGAUGUCUUGUGUUGUUACUGAAAUGGAACGUACGCUUGUUUUGCUCAGUAACGUGCUAAUAAUGGUUAAAAUAACUCGUAAUAUAGACUUACCUUACGUGGCUGUUAUAAUAUUGUAUUGGAGUCCUUCUGGGAGACGACAAUUAGGGGCGCUGACCGCCAAAUGAAUCUACAAGGCCAAGUUUUCUUAGAACUGACAUAUCGCAACUUUUAAAAUAAAGUCAGUCGUCUACAUGACCAAAUUAGACCUAUAGUACCUCUUCCAUAGGCUACCCAGGGCGUGAUGAGGAGCACGGACUUGGGUGCUGGAGAUGAGCGACAAGGGCGAGUGUGAAAUGAUGGGAUUUAUGGGAACGAGCACAGUCUCGAGCGGGAAGUGAUGCGAAAGAUUUCUCCCAAACCCAUCACUCCCUUUGCUCCUGCUUUGCUUAAUGAUUAACUCAAAUUUCCCCAAAAUAUGAGAUCGCGAGAGAUUUGAGAGUAGGUAAAAACUUAUGAAUAAGACUUUGUCAAGUAGCCUGCGACUACAAUCACCUCUCAUCGCCCUCCGUCUCGAAAAGUACCCGGCGAGGGCGAGCGAUAGGAAGCGGCUGUAUUCCCAGCCGAUUUAUCAAGAAGUACCGUAAAAAAACUACCCAAACUACUUUAAGGCCCCAAUUUGCCACUUACGAAAUGGGAAGGGGACUGGAGCCGAAAUGCAUCCCGCAAUAGACCUUUUUACCGAUACAGCCGCCAUAUUGAAUUAUUAGAUUUAAGGAGCAUUCUGGGAUACCCAGGGGGCACUCGCUUAGUAUUAGCGCGCGUUUUUCUGGCAAAAAGAGAAUUUCAAUGUAUAUUUCUCGGGAAAAAGACGAUCAUUAUUAAAUCCAAACACGGCAGAAAGAUCUUUUUUUUUUUUCAUUACAAUCUUUUCUAGGAAAAGUUAAAGAAAAAUUGGCCCGAAAAGCGAACGUAAAUACUAAUGCGAGUAUAUCGGAUCGUGUUCAUACCUCCUGGGCAUCCAAUAAUACUCCUACAAUCCAAUUAAUUCAAUAUGUCCGCCGCAUCGGUAAAAAAGUCUAUUGUUUCUGGGAUCGUUACUAGUGAGGCGCCGGUCAGCGAUUGGUCAAUUUUCUGCCUGUGCCGAGUAACAAUCCCAGACGUCUUUGCGAAAGUUUAAUCGGCCCAUUUCCCUUCUCGUUUCUAUAAUAAUGAGUUUAUGUACGAUAAAUUUUUCUAACAAGGGGAGACCACUUUGCGAGUUUCCAAAAACCGUUUUAUGUUUUGAGCUUAAAAAGGUUCAUGUAUAUGGUUAAAAUAACAAAUUUCUGCUCACAAGGUAUGAGUGAUAAAUGAGUUUUACUGACAGGUGCAUUUAUACGCGAAAUAACGAAUUAUAGUGAAAGGGAAAUAGUUAUUUUCUUGAGAAAUAAUAUUCACUCGUGUUAUUUUGCUAAAUUUGCAUAAAAAUUGCUUAACAUUUGUUCAUAGAUUAACAAACACGAGCAAAUCAGGUUAGGAGACUUGGGGCUGGCCACCUUUAAAACCCGGAUAACGGGAACUUAUACUGGCACAGAACGGUACAUGGCUCCAGAGAUAAGUCGUGAACAGAAAAUCUACGAUUCCAAGGUGGACAUGUACAGCUUCGGAUUGAUGAUGUGGGAAAUGUGGUUUGGUGAAAUAGUACCUUCUAAACCGUUCUGCAGCAGUCAAGACGAGGUUACCCUACAAAUAGAGGUGAAGAAACAAGAACUCAAAGGCAGACGCUACUCUCCUCCUGCAGAAUGGAUCGAGCUGAUGGUGUACCUUUGGGAUUAUGAUCCAUGCGUGAGGAAAACAGCGAUAGAAAGUCAAAAAUUGAUGGAGAAAAUUAAACACUUCGUGAAGGAGGUGAGUGAUUUUAAACUGAUAAAAGCAUCCUAG